GAUCAUUAUGGUAAAAGGGCUUAUUGUCUGGUACUUGAGCCAACACUGUUUGGAACAUGUCUUCUUGUUGCGAUCAUACCUUGCUUGCAAAUUCCGUUGUCCAUGUUUGCGAAGACUCAAGUCAGUACAACACUUGCUCCAUAGCUUGGAGUUAAACACGACGAGUACAUCAACAGUCUGCUGGCUUUGGAGUUGUUACGCCAUCUCAUCUGGCCUACGACCAACGGCGCUGGCAUACAAAAACCCUGCCUUUGCGGCAUCACUUCAAGCAGCUUGGCACGGGAGCUCGCUUUGUCUUGCAUUCUCAAGGAUUCACGGGCCAUCAGUGCAAUUCUGUACCAGGCGACAUGAUGUUACGAAAAAUUCAAAGACCUGACACAAUCUCUAAUCUCUAUCGAAUGCCUGUCGUUUUUCUUCUUCACUUCCACUUUACUGAUUUGUGAGCGUCAGUCGACAGGUCAGGUCAGUCUUCGGGAACCAAUGCAGCGCCCUUCGUCGUCCGUCGCGCCUGCCUCAAUGGGACCUCCCACAUCUAAGUUUUCGACCGUGAGAAAUGACAAGUUCCCCUCAAUCCGUGGCCAAACUCCAUCUGAACGAUCUUCAACGAGUUCACGGAGCGGGCGAAAUACAUGCUUUGUCUGCAACGCCGCCUCGGCUUAUGAUUCUACAAAACUCAUCAACUGUUACGUGUGCAAGCGGAAGUUUCACAGAGGUUGUCACAAGCCCCCAGUAGCUCAAGAUAGUCCACCCGACUGGACGUGUUAUUACUGUGCUCCACCCAAAACCAUGCCACCAGCCGCGAAGAAGCGUAAGCUCAACCGCCCUGUCUUUGCUCCAAUCACCGAUAACAGGAGUCGCCUGAGCUUAGAUGACAAGGAGAUACCAGAGUCACCCCAGGAACAACCUGACACUACGAACGGUACUCCUCCAAAGCCAAUCACUUUUGCGCAGCCGCCACGAUUCGCGCCCUUCACUACAGAAGCUGAAACGCGAAGAUCUGUCGAAACUCUCGGAUCAGCUCGUCAAGUCCAACCUUCUCGAUUCGCGCCAUCCGAUACGAAGCCUACGGGUCAGAGUGUCGUCAACUCUGAACAAGCACCACAGAUGCUAACGCCGAAAGCCGCCACAUCGAUCAACCAGGCUGGAAAGCUGCAAUACCAUGACCUAAUUGGCAUGGCAUUGAAUGAAGCGACCAACUCUUGCCUGAGCAGGGAAGGAGUCCAGAGGUGGGUCGUUGACAAUGUACCUGGCUUCGACUCUCAAGAUGUGAGCUGGCAAAGAGGGGUAUGGGUCACACUGCAAACUUCCGAUGACUUUGUCUAUCUCAGCGAUAGGGCGAAGACUGGGCUGUGGACCUUUAGUGAUGGGUCCAGCAACAAAUAUCAAAAGUGGCAGAGACCGGUCAACAAAACGUCCAGAGUUGACUCCUCUCCACAAGCUGUGCCGAAAAUCCAGGAGCAAGUCAAGCAAGGGGCCAACGCCCUGGGAAGAAAUGCAGGAGCCCUUGCUCCUGACCACGAGCUUGACGACAUCAGAUCCCUAGCAACGCAAUCUGGCAAGGCCACAUCUAAUAAAGAACCUCGAGCUGGAAGCAAUACCAACUCAGCUUUGCCUUCGACAAUAGACGAGACUGUGGAAAUGAUCGAUCUCACCAUGGACGAUGAUGAGCCUGUACCUCCGCCUACGAGAUUCCACGAGCCUGAGAGAUCAUUGACUGGGCGCACCAGUACCAGCCCUCUACAGGCACUCGAAAACAUCUCCAAGACUAGCCCAAAAGACAGGCAGCUGUUGAAGCGGUCAAACCUUGUUGCAUUCGGCGAGCCUGUCUGGGGUUCGGAAAACCCUGUCAUAUUGGAGCCGAACUCUUCAACACCGUUUGUAGACGGUAUCAUGAAAAACACAUCUGAAGAGAUGAAAGACAAUAUACGCCGCGGUGAGAAGUGGGAAGCUGCUAGGGAGAAAAUGGGAGCCCGCAUGAAUUCUCCCAUAAGGGCAAAAAUUGAUUUGUUCCGGAAAUCAAGAACGAAAUCUCCUAUGCAUUUGCAAGAGCCAAAUGCACUUGUCUCUAAGCCUCUGACAUUGCCCAGCGAUCAAACUACAGAUUCCAAUUCGGAUCCGCUACAAGCUUCUCCUGGAUCACCGCUGCAUGGCUCGGAUACUGGAGUGCAGACAGAAACAUUGCUGUACUAUGGUACACGCUCAACAGACGUCGCCCAAGAGACAGCCACAGCCGACGGUGUCUCUGCAGAACUAGAUCUGGAAACAGCCGACGGGAUGGUACAGAUGGAUGUUGAUCUUCCGGAAGAUUUGCAUGAACCAGAACUGAUCGAGCCAGAGAUGCUUGUACCCAGUUCGAAGUCUUUGAUGCCCACCCAAAUUCAGAGCGAUGGUAUCACACAGGGUGGAGUCAAGCAAAAGUCGCUCCCUCAAGAGCCCUUGUCUCAUGAACUGCUCUCAGAAGAGCCAGCUUCACAAGAGCCAGUGGUAGAGAAGCCGCCUCGAAGGGCGUAUGCAGAUUCAGCUGCCCAGACCAGUCUGCCAGUAAGAUUUGCCCUUGCAUUGGGGAAGAUCUCGCAAAUCGGCCUCGAGCCACGAGUACCAGCAGUGACUCCUGAUACUGCACGAACAACAGCAGAUUCCACCACCCAGACCGAGAACCGACCAGAGCUGCAGAUAGCACAUCCAGUCUUGUCGCGAGCACCAACAAUCCAGCUCCCCACACCCCAAGCCGAGCCAAUCGAACCAAUCGAAUCACGACCUCUGCAAGAAAACGGACACGACGCCGAAGCCGACUUUGAAAAAGACAGCCUCUCCCUCCUCGAAGAAAUGCUCUACCCAACCAACCCCACCACUCCAUCCUGGCCCUCCCACCUCCAAAACCCUUCCAACCUCUCCCCCACCCUUUCCGUCCCUCUCUCCAUCAUCCGAGCCCGACCCACACGCAAGCAAAUCUUCGGUAAAAACGAAUUGUCCCGUAUCAACCCCAACGCCUGUUUGAACAGACUCAAUGCGAUAAAACUGGGUGCGCAAAAUAUUGGCAACAUUGUGCGCGGAAAAGGAUACACAGAGGAAGAGAGAAGGAGGGAAUUUGAAGAGAAUCAAAAGGAGGGGUGCUAUGAUACGUUGGAAGAGUUAUUUGACAUGCCUCAGCAGGUCGUGCCGUUUAUUCAUGAGCAGCAGUUGGCGUUUAGGGAGUAUGCUCCGAACGCGCUUGGGAAAAUCGGUAGACCGAGGGUUGUCUACAAGAUUGGGCCUAAUGCGAAGUGAGGAACUGGCAUUACGGGGUAUCAAAUAUGAGGGUUGCCUUUGCUAUGCUCACAUGGAGCAUAAUCUUGGGCGGGAGACAGUGCUUACGAACCUUCAAGAACGGUUUCAGAGGCAUAACUGAAAAUGACGGAAGGGCAAGAAUUUUCAUAAUGCAUGUAGUAAAUCAUAAUCUUCUACCUCAACCAUCUCUUCGUCCGCCGCG